AUGCCCCAAAAUACGACUGCUAACCAAUAUUUCGAAGCCGAACGUAUUUUAGAUGAAAGAACCACGGAAGAUACGACAUUUUACUUGAUAAAAUGGAAAGGAAUGAACAAUAAUGGAAAGCCUUGGGAACCAACUUGGGAGCCUGCAAGUCAUUGCACACAGCCACUUAUUGCCUCGUGGAAUCACAAUAGGGCGGGAAAAAGGAAAUUAAGGUCUCCUAUAUUUCCUUCAUCCCCUUCAACUACCCCAACCAAAAAUUCACCCAUUAAACGAGAAAGAAAACUUCAAAAAACCGUUGCAGGUUCCAACCCUGCAAAUAACGGUGAUAGUUUAGAAUCUCCCAUGGUUAUAGAUUCUGAUGAUGAUGCUUCAAGAAAUCCUACUCAAAAUGAUAACACUCAUCCUUCUUCUAAAUUGAGGCAAACUGAUGAUAGUUCAAGUGUUGCCAAUUCCGUUGCUGUUAAACAUUCAAAAAUACAUCGUCAAUUACUUCGUCCUUAUCAAAUUUUGCUUCCCGUUCCUUUAUCAAAGCUACAACAAAUUGCUUAUCGGAAGGCAAUUGAUAAACCUCAAAUUUUUAAAUAUUUGGCCGAGACCAAUUUGUCUACCCCUCCCGAGCCAAAUUCGAUUAUCUUUCAUGUAAAAGAUCAAUUACUUAAAAUUGUUAACCACCUGUCUCUUCUUUUGUCGUCAAGUCCAAAUCAUUAUCAUGGACCUAACACUUCAUACCAAUCUUUUGAGACGGGGAAGUUGGUAAUGAUAAAUCAUUUGUUAAAGGGAUUAAGGCAUCAUGAUCUUACCAUCGGCAUUGCAAUCCCGCAAGGUCCAAUAAUGAAUAGCAUCAUUAAAGAUUUCAUGAAAACGCAUAAUCAUAAUUAUGUUAUCUUGAAUGAAACUGCAAACAGAAGAACGACAAGACUUACUACUAACGAGUACAAGUUGCGUUGUAUCGUUUUCACAACUCCUUUACCAAGGAUGAACGAAGAAGAAUUGCCACAAUUCGAUUUAGUGAUCGCAUAUGACACAAGUUUUAGUCCAAGGAAACAUUUAUGGCAUAUUAAGGCAAAUGAAAACAUUCCGAUUAUUAGAUUAGUUACAAAACUUACCCUUGAACAUGCUCUUAAUUAUCAAAUGUUGCAACAGUCUGAUAAUUUAUUAUUCUCGACUUUAUCAUUAUUUGAAAUAAAAAGGAUUAUACAAUUUGGAUUGUGGAAAAAAAAUCAAUGCAUUGAAACAGGUUGUGAAUUAAGACAAUUUGAUAUUCAAGGAACAUGUGACAAAGUUUUUCAAUGGAUAAAUGACGGAAUGCAAAGAAAUUUAACAUUUGGCAUGGAAGCUGCCGUUGAAAAGGUUUGGGGUAAAAGCAUUCCAGCGGAACACGUCACAUUUGAUAGAUCACGUCUUAUCGCAACAGCUUCUAGCAGUAAAGAACGUAAAGACUUCUCAUCUCCAAAAGCCGAAAAGCGAGUUUCGGAUGUCAAUGAUGAAGGAAGUCUCAAAAAAAGAAAAGAUAAAGAGACUUCACAGAAUGAGGAACUUUCUCAAAGGAAGAAAAAAUUGAAGACCACUGAAGGAAUUUCCACCGAAGUGUCAAAUCCCAAUUCGAUUAACGAUAGCAAUCAUGCAGCAACAUCAUCUUUAUCGAUAUCAACUUCAACUAUAUUAUCGCCCACAGAGCCACUAACUGAAUCACCAAUAGAACAAAUUAAUUCGACGAUUUUGAAUAAAUCAAAGCAAAUUCCAUCACCAAGGAAUUCAAGAGAUGAAUUACACAAGGAUUCACGUAGAAGUUCAUUAAAAGAUUCAUCCAAAGAUUUACUUGGCAAGAAUAAAGAAACAACGCAGGAUUCUUGCAAAGAUCAUCCAUCAACAUCAAAAAACCCUACCAGAGAAAUUAGCAGGAAUCUUUCCAAGGAUCCCAUUAAGCAUGUUAAAGGGGGUUCCAAGGAUUCAAACAAGAAUUGUAAAGAACAGAAGUGUGCGGAGGAGAACGCGAUAGACUGGAAACAAAAAUAUUCCGAAUUAUUAAAAUUGCAAGAUGACCUUACACAAGAGAAAGAAAGAUAUUGCAAAAUGGUCAACGAUCUAAGUUCAGAUCUAGCAAAGACAAGAACUCAACUCGGAGAAUUACAAAUAAGACGCAAGAGAUCAUUAUUUGAAGUUCAAAGUAUUGAAUUAGAAAAGGUACGAAUGGAAAUGGCUGAUGUUCAACUUGAAAACAGUAGGUUGAAAUCAGAUGCGGAAAAUAAAGAACAAGAAACUCACAAGUUGAGAAAAGAAGUAGAAACAUUAAAGAACAGCGUAAAAACAUAUAAAAGCAAAAUUAAAAGUUUAGAGACGGAAAAUAAUAAUCUUAAACAAACUAAAACAGUCCAAUCGACUUUUGGUAAAUCUUCAAAAAAAAAUGAAUCAUUUGAAGAUCAGAUAAAAAGGUUAGAAAAAGAAAAUUCAGUAUUGCAGUUGCAAUGUGAUCUUCAGAAGCAGGAGUUAAAACUUGCUCAUGAAGAAGAUCAAUAUCAUCAAGACAUUGCGAAUCUAUUAAUGAAAAUGAAAGGAAAGACUAAGGAAGAAAUGGAUGAAAUUUAUUUGGCCAAAAAAAGGACUGCAGCACUAUCGAAAUCUAAUGUUAAUACUCCUUCAAGUAGUAGUAAGGGGGCGACUUCUGACAUUACCGAGAAUGUUGCCAAAAAUGUUCCUGAGAAUGUUCCCAAGAAUGCUCCCGAGAAUGCUACCGUGAACGUUCCCGUUAAUGUUCCCGUUGUUGAUAAUAAUGUUAAUGGAACAUCAACAAAUGUCACAAAACUUGUAUCAAAUACAUCCAAUGAAGUGUCACCCUCGGUCGUAAAUCUUAUAAGUUCUACUACUACAAAAACUUUUGCUUGCAAUUGGGAUAAAUGUAAAAAAGCGUUUGAAAAAAAAGAGGAUUUAAAGAUUCAUUUAAAGUCCUUUCAUAAUUUGGAUCCUGGAUCAUCUCAUGUUAUCGAAAUUAUUGAUUAA